GUACGACGAUAUCGACGCACCAUUGCUAUACGUACGCAUUCAGAUCAGAGAGGCGACGUGCAGUGCCUUGAUCGAUUGCGAAGCAUCUCGCAACUACAUCAGCUAGGACUUCAUGUUACGCGCCGGCCUUGGCCCACGUGUCCGGAGAAAGUUCCAAGCACUUAAGACGGCUAUGCUCAUGGCACCCGUCCUUAGCAUCUAUGACCCCACCUUGCCGACGAGAGUGACUACGGACGCUUCCGGCUACGGCAUUGGGGCAGUCUUGGAACAACACGACGGCGACGACAGCCACCCUGUGGAGUAUUUCAGCCACAAAGUGCCUCCCAUCAACUCGCUUGAUGAUGCAAGGAAGAAGGAGCUGCUCGCAUUCGUGAUGACUCUCAAACGCUGGCGGCACUUCCUCCUUGGGCGUCGUAGGUUCACAUGGGUCACAGACAACAAUCCAUUGACCUACUACAAGACGCAGAACACGGUGAGCAGCACAAUCGGACGAUGGAUGUACUUCAUCGAUCAAUUUGACUUCACACCGAAACAUGUCCCCGGCCUCUCCAAUCGCGCAGCAGAUGCACUCUCGCGAAGACCAGAUCUUUGCGCGAUGACACAUCAUGCCUUCGCAUUCGACGAGGAGCUUCAGCAACACUGUAUCCGGGCAUAUGAGUCUGAUCCGGACUUCACGACGUUGUACGCACAACUAUCUACGGAUCACCCAUCGGCCAGCCACUAUUGCAUUGCCGACGGAUACUUACUCCUCCACUCGAGAGGCAAGGACUUAUUGUGUGUCCCACGCGACCGUCAUCUUCGGACUCGCCUUCUCGGGAAGCGUCACGUACCAUGUCCCAUCCGCGCCGGUGAUCUGGUUUGGGUCUCCACGGAAGAGUUUGCACAGGAACAGGAUGUUUCACGCAAACUGCUUCCCAAGUGGUUUGGACCUUGGUCUAUGACAGCAGCCGCGGGUGAUGAGCCCGAUGACCCUUCAUUUGUGAUCAACAUUCAAGAGCAUCUGACGGUCCAUCCGGUCUUCCACGCCUCAAAGCUGACAACAUACACGCCAGCCAAGAGCGACGACUUUCCGGGCCGACGAUCGCAGGACCCUCCUUCUAUGGAUGGUCAUCAGGAAGUUGACCGCGUCAUCUCCGAUCGCAAGUACGGCAGGACGCCGCGGCAGUACAAAGUCACAUUCAAAGCAUGCGAUCGCGACGACACUCGGUGGAUUUCAGGCGCAGAUUUGAAAGCAUCCGCACUGCUGAUCUACGCGCAUUAUGAAAAGCGGAGGUUAGCUCAGGAAGCUUCACGACCAGCCCCUCCCACCCGGACUGUGGCCCCUCCCUUAGACAGACAGCUUCGCCCUCACAGGUAAGCUCAGUUCUUCAAGGAGGGGGGGGUGUGGCAUACUGCAUAGCCACACGG